CUGCGGGAGAGGGCAGUGUCCUGGUCCUGUGCAGUUCCCAUGUUCGCGGUCUUGUCCCGUCAAGACAUGGCCCUGCGGAGGGUGCUGGCGCUCGGGGCAGCCCUGGGGCGCCGCAGCUGCUGCUCCAAGCCCUCGCUGCCCCCGGACUUCGUGGAGGCCCUGAGGGCCGUGGUUGGGGCCCCCAAUGUCUCUACGGCCACAGCGGUGCGGGAGCAGCACGGCCACGAUGAGUCCAUGCACCCCUGUGCCCCUCCGGACGUCGUGGUGUGGCCCCAGGCGGUGGGGCAGGUGCAGGAGCUGGCAGCGCUCUGUCACCGCUGCCGCGUGCCCAUGGUGCCCUUUGGCACCGGUACCGGCCUCGAAGGAGGCGUCAAUGCCGUGCAGGGCGGUGUCUGCUUUGACCUGAGCCGCAUGGACGCCAUCGCGGAGCUGAGCCUCGAGGACUUUUCGGUGACGGUGGAGCCUGGUGUCACCCGCAAGGCCCUCAACAAGCACCUGCGUGGCACUGGGCUCUGGUUCCCUGUCGGUACUGUGGGCACGAGGGGGGUCACGGGGCUGGGGGUGACAGCACUGGAGGUGCUGGGAAUGAGGCCCCAUGACACUUGUGGAGCCGUAGAUCAUGGGGUGUACAUAGGUGUGGUCUGAUCCCAGGGUAGUAGCAGUGCUGCUUCUCGGAGUGAUGGGGCCAUGCUUCCUGAGGUUCUGGAAGGGACAGGUAGCCAGUACCAGGAAUAGUUGGGGUCAGGGGCUACCAUCCUCCCUGCCACACCAAACCCAUAACCCCCCUGGUGGCCAUGACCCCUGGCAAGGUGCUGUGAGUGACACCCACCCCAUACUGGUUCAGGGCCAGGGUAGCCCCACUGCACAACUACUACCACCCCUCAUUUCCCCCCAGCCCUCUUAUGCCCCACCCCUUGUGCCCCAUUAACUCUCUGUGCAUCAGCAGUCUCCAAAG